AUGCGCAAGGAUGUAAUGGGUAAUCCAUCUAUUUAUUAUAUUAUUUUUUGUGGUGUAAUUUACAGGUUACUCUCAUUUUUUUCAGUCUUCCUUCUUCUGGUCAUCUCAGCCGUGCUCAUCGACGCUCAUCGUGGCGGUCGUGGUGGUGGUUGGGGUCGAGGAGGUCACAGUCAUGUUGGUCGCGGUUGGGGCGGUCGAGUGGCGGUCCGACCCGUUGGGCAUGUUCAUGGGCAUGUUCACGGGCAUGGACAUGUCCACGGGCAUGUCCACGGACACGUACAUGUUGGACAUGUCGGCUGGCAUCAUCAUCACCAUGGAUGGCAUGUAAGAUCGUAGGGACGGUGCUGAAAGUAGGGUACUCUGAUUGCAAUGAAACUUGGCCGACAUUUAGAUUUUAAUCUUUAAAGAUCGAUGGAGAACAUAUAAGGAUGGUGACAUACAAAUCAAAUCGGGUUUCGUGGCCAGAAACCGCCAUUUCUUGUAUGUUAGGUUGCUAGACAAGAAAUGUGUAAUUCUUGUCUGAAAUUGCGUAACAUUGUUCAAUAUUGCGCAAAUUUCUGCUCUCUCCCCGUGAAGAUUUUUUGCUUUUUUUCUCUGCUCAGACAAGAAUUGCGCAUUUCUUGUCUAGAGGCCUAACAGACAAGAAAUCGCGGUUUCUGGCGACGAAACCCAAUUUGAUUUGUAUGUCACCAUCUUUACAUGCCAGAUUACUAGCUGGCGCCUUAUGGAAACGUCCAAGAUUUUUUAAUCGAAAGUUGAAAACAAUAUCCUUUUUUUGGCAAAUUUUAGCAAAAAAAGUAUGGUACAGUGACGGACCUGAUCCAGCGGCAAUAACGUACCAUUUUGCAUCCGGGAAGUAUCAAAAAAUAUAGCAAAAUGCCUCCCUCUCCAACUAAAAAACUUUGUUUUGAAGGGACCCUAUGCCAAAAAGAGCAGGCUCGUUUUUGAAAUCGCACUUUUUUCACUUGGAAUUGGGGAUAUUUUUCUACAUUUUUGAUACUUCCCGGAAGCAAAAUGGCACGUUUUUGCCACUGGAUUAGGUCCGCCACUGUAGCUAUUUCUAUCAUAGAGGGUAAUGGCGGCAAAAUUUUUUAUAAUAUUUUUUCCAUAUUUCAGCCCUUUCCUAUUAUUCAUGGCGGCUGCUGGUACUGUGGCCAUCGAGGUAAGUUCCUUGGUGCCAUUUUUUGGGAAUUUUGAAAUAUUUUUUGUCCUUUUAUAACACAUGCUUAUUACUUCAGGCUACUGGAUUGGCGGUGGAGUUGGCCUCUUUGUUUUGAUCCUGCUCGUUGUCAUUGUUGUCGCUGCUUGCUUUGGAAGUUGUGCUGUAGGUUGCUGUAACAUUUUUUUUUUUUUUGAUUUUUCCGUAAUUUGGGAAAUCGACCAUUUUUUCGACCAUUUUUUAUUAACGAUUUAAAUUUUUUUUGAUUUUUUUUACUUCUAGUGGUGUUGUGGCGACCCCUACUAUUGCGAUGAGCCCGUCGUUAUCUGUGAACAGCCUCGAGUAAUCUACGAACAAGCCCCGCCGCCACCGCCGCCGCCACCGCCAGGGCCGAGGAUUGUGAUGGUCGAAAAGGCCUGA